ACCGUGGAUUGUGGAUUAUUACCUAACACAGAGCUCCAUUUUCAUACAACUAGUAUUCCAGUUUCUCCUCUUGUGAAAAUUAUUCAAUAUUGUUUACCGUCUCUGAGUAUGGCUGAUGCAAUUGUUAAUCUCGCCUUGGAGCAGCUGGUUAAAAUCACUGCUCGAAGGAUAGUGGAAGAGGUGAGGCUAGUUGGUGGUGUCAAAAAGGAAGUGAAAAAACUUCGGAGCAAUCUUGAAGCCAUUCAAGCUGUGCUACUGGAUGCAGAGGAGAGGCAAAUAAAAGGCGACAGAGAUGUGAGACGUUGGUUAGAUCAGCUCAAAGACACAUCCUAUGACAUGGAAGAUGUGUUGGAUGAGUGGAAUACUGAAAUCAUGAGGUUGCAGGUUGAAGGAGAUCCUGAAGAUGCUCCUGCUCCUAAGCAGAAGGUACCUUCCUUCUUCCCCUGUUCUUGCUUUGGUAUCAAAGAAGUUGUUUUGCGCCGUGAUAUAGCAGGAAAGAUAAAAGAAUUAAAUAAAGAACUAGAUAAUAUUGCCAAAGAAAAAGAUGCAUUCAAUUUAAAGAAAAUGAAGAGUACUAAAGCACGUAAACAAGUUCAAACUACGCCUUUUGUUGAUGUGGCUGAAAUACGUGGUCGAGUCUCUGAGAAGGAUUUUUUAGUGAGCAAGUUGUUGGAUGAGAGAAAUGAAGAACAAAAAGACCUUCCUGUCAUCUCACUUAUAGGGAUGGGAGGAAUUGGAAAAACAACUCUUGCUCAACUAGCUUACAAUAAUGACAAGGUGAAAAGUCAUUUUGACACAAGAGUUUGGGUGUGUGUAUCAGAUCCUUUUGAUGAGUUUAGGGUUGCUAAAGCAAUCCUUGAAGGAUUAAAAUGUCCUACUGAUAAUUUAGGUGAAUUGGAGUCUCUUUUGCAAUGUAUUCAUCAAUCUAUUACGGGAAAAAAAUUUCUUCUCGUUUUAGAUGAUGUGUGGUCAGAAGAUCACAACAAAUGGGAAUCAUUUUAUCUUUAUCUAAAGAAUGGUUCCUAUGGUAGUAAAGUUUUGAUUACAACAAGGAGUGAUAGAGUUGCAUUGAUUAUGGGGUCAGUUGAUCCUAUCAUUAUGGAGAAAUUAUCUGAGGAUGAAUGUUGGUUGGUGUUUACACAAUUCGCAUUUUUUGGUAGGCCUCUUAAGGAGUGUAAAAAAUUAGAGAAAAUGGGAAAAGAAAUUGUUGCAAAAUGCGAUGGGUUGCCACUUGCUGCAAAAACUAUCGGCAGUCUCCUACGAUUUAAGAGACCUAGAGAUAAAUGGCAACAAAUUUUAGAUAGUGAAAUUUGGACAUUGGAAGAGAUUGAGGAAGGUCUUUUCUCACCUUUGAUGUUGAGUUAUAAUGAUUUGCCAUUUGAGAUAAGACAAUGUUUUUUAUAUUGUGCUAUCUUUCCAAAAGAUCAUGAUAUAAAAAAAGAUCACUUGAUCAAAUUAUGGAUGGCUCAAGGUUAUCUUGGGUUUGACAAUGAUACAGAGAUGGAAGUAAUAGGCCAAGAGUAUUUUGAUCAUUUAGCAUCUCGAUCAUUCUUCCAAGAGUUUCAAAAAGACGAUGAUGGGAAUAUCGAAAGCUGCAAGAUGCAUGAUAUAGUUCAUGACUUUGCUCAAUUUCUCAGUAAGAAUGAAUAUUUUACUGUAGAAAUCCAUCAUGAUCUAGUCAUAAACACUUCCAAUGAGAAAGCCCGACAUUCGAUGUUAACGCUUAACUACGGGGCUACACUUCCCAUCUCCAUUUGUAGCAUCAAAAGUUUGCGGACUCUUUUAACUGAUUGUGAAGAUUCUGAACGUUCUAUGUAUUCGCUGCCUGAUGAUGUUCUACCAAAUCUCUUUGGUGAAUUGACAAGUUUAAGAGCAUUAGAAAUAAGUCCAAAAUUUGGAAGAUCGGAUUUGAUUACAGCGAUUCCAGAAGAGGUAAAAAAAUUGAUACAUUUGAAAUAUCUGAAUUUGUCUGGUCAGGAUGUGGAAGAACUCCCGGAAACUUUUUGUGAGUUAUACAAUCUGCAAACUUUGGAUAUUUCUCGGUGUAUGCGGCUUAAAGAACUGCCUGAGGGGAUGGGGAAGUUGAUAAACUUGCGGCAUUUGAUGAAUUAUCAUACAAAUUCAUUAAGUUACAUGCCCAAGGGAAUUGAGAAAUUAACUUGUCUCCGAACAUUGAGUGAAUUCGUUAGCAGCAGUGAUGGUAGUAACGCUACUCUUGCAUGCUUGAAAGAUCUGAAACAUUUAAGAGGAAAGCUUGAAAUUAGAGGGCUACAAAAUGUGACCAAUGUGAGUGAGGUUAAGAGAAUGCAAAUUCUCAGCAAUAAGGAACACCUCUUCUAUUUAAUCCUUACUUUCAAUGAAAGUGCAGAAGCUACCUAUUUUGGUUACGCUAGAGAAGGAGAGAGGAAAAUUGAUGAUGAUGAGUUACUUCUUAAGGCUUUGCAACCCCUUCCAAAUUUGGAGAAGCUAGAUAUAAACGGUUACAGAGGCAGCACUUUUUGUUCUGAUUGGAUCAUGUCAUUAACCGGGCUGAGGGAAUUGCUUCUUGGCUGCUGCAACAAUUGUAUGCAUUUGUCUCCCUUGGGAAAAUUGCCAUCACUUGAAUCACUAAGGAUAUAUGAAAUGAGAGUGAAAAAAGUAGUUACGGGAAUCGAAAGCGAUGGUGCAUUUUCAUCAUCUACAUCAGUUAUUCUCUUUCCCAAGUUGAAAGUUCUUGAAUUCUCGUCGAUGUCUGAAUGGGAAGAGUGGGAUUACGGGAAUACAAUCUUGCCAUGCCUUGCUUCUUUGUCAAUCAAUUUUUGUCCAAAAUUACGUGCACUGCCAGAUGCCCUUCUCCAGGGGGCGAAAAAACUACAACAUCUGGAGAUUUCUUAUAGUGAUCUUUUGGAAGAACGUUACAGAAAGGGAACAGGAGAGGACUGGCAAAAGAUCUCCCACAUUCCCAACAUCAAUUUCAAUGAUUCAUAUCUGCAAGGAGGCCCAUUCCCACUCCGUUGAGUUCUCAAAUGGCUGCAAUUACCAUCAUCCAUCAAUCCACAAAGGAGAUGCGCAGAAAUAUUGAGCAUGAUGGUGGUUGCAGUGUUAUGCUGAAAGGAACAGAGGAGAUAGUUAUGUAAAAAGGAAGUUGGAAUUCACUUGUGUUACUCUUAAUUUGUAUGAGUUGUGGUUUGAUUUUCUUCAUAAAGUUGUUUGUUUUUAGCGUGCUUGGACAACUUUCUUUGUCAAUAAUUUGCAUGUAAUAAUAAAUGGUGUGUUUGAUUGGAAAUUAGGUGUAAAAUAUUAAAUAUAUGUUAUAUGGUAUGAGCUGAACAUAUUGAUAUAUCAUUUCUAA